AUGACAGAUCCAAAUGGACCAAUGUAUUACAAUGGAAUCUAUCAUCUGUUCUACCAAUACAAUCCCAAAGGUGCUGUUUGGGGCAAUAUUGUUUGGGCUCAUUCUGUAUCAAAGGACUUGAUUAAUUGGAAAAAAGUAGAGCAUGCAAUUUUCCCAUCAAAACCAUUUGAUAAGUAUGGUUGUUGGUCUGGAUCAGCCACAGUCCUCCCAGGAAACAAGCCUGUUAUAAUGUACACCGGAAUCAUUGAUGAAAACAGGACACAAGUCCAAAACUAUGCAAUACCAGCCAACCUCUCUGAUCCGUAUCUCCGAGUAUGGAUCAAACCCGAUAACAACCCAUUAGUGAAGGCCGACAAGUCCAUUAACGAGACCUCAUUUCGUGACCCAACAACUGCCUGGUUAGGCCGAGAUGGCAACUGGAGAAUAUCUAUUGGUGGUCGAAGGAAGCAUAGAGGGAUUGCAUAUUUGUAUAGGAGUAGAGAUUUCUUACAUUGGGUUAAGGCCAAGCAUCCUUUGCACUCUGUUGCUGGUACUGGGAAUUGGGAAUGCCCCGAUUUCUUCCCAGUCUCGGUACAAGGUACUAAUGGAUUAGACACUUCGGUCAUGGGGCAAAAUGUCAAGCAUGUGUUGAAGGUUAGCCUUGAUGUUACUAGAUAUGAAUAUUAUACCUUGGGUAAGUAUGACACGAGAAAGGAUAGGUAUAUUCCUGAUAAAGAUAUGGUUGAUGGCUGGAAGGGAUUGAGGUAUGAUUAUGGCAAUUUUUAUGCCUCCAAAUCAUUUUUUGAUCCUGCCAAGAACAGAAGGAUCUUGUGGGGUUGGGCAAAUGAGUCUGAUGCUGUUAUCGAUGAUGUAAGAAAGGGUUGGGCUGGAAUUCAGCUUAUUCCAAGAACAAUUGUGCUCGAUCCGAAUGGCAAGCAAUUGCUACAAUGGCCCAUUGAAGAACUAAAAGCUCUAAGAGGGAAGAGGGUAGAAGUGAUAGAUAAGAAAGUCGAGAAGGGAGAGCGAAUUGAAAUCAAAGGAAUAACAGCUGCACAGGCUGAUGUUGAAGUAAUCUUCACCUUCGAAAGCUUGGAUAAGGCAGAGACAUUCGACCCCAGUUGGGAUCGUUAUGAUGCUCAAAAGCUUUGCAGUCAAAAGGGAUCGACUGUUCAAGGUGGAGUAGGACCUUUUGGGCUUUUAACAUUGGCUACAGAAAACUUAGAAGAAUACACUCCUGUAUUUUUCAGAAUUUUCAAGGAUCAAGACAAGAAUCUAGUUCUCUUGUGCUCUGAUGCAUCAAGAUCCUCCUCAUAUAACGAGACAGGAACAUAUAGACCCUCAUUUGCAGGCUUUGUAGAUGUAGAUCUUUCUCACAAGAAGCUUUCCCUUAGGAGUUUGAUUGAUCAUUCGGUAGUGGAAAGUUUUGGUGCUAGAGGAAAGACCUGCAUUACAUCUCGUGUGUAUCCGACUCUUGCGAUCUAUGACAAUGCUCAUUUAUAUGCAUUCAACAAUGGCACAGAGACUCAAGGAUACGUCGAUCUUAUCCUGAAAGAGAGAUUCAUUUUGGCAUCUGCCUUGGUUAAGAGAUGGCAGAAGGUCGGUGGGCGUUGGUCUGUGAUAUGGAACCAUGACGGGCUGGUUAUUGCUGCUUCCUUGAGAUCAGUACUGGGGAGUUUGCUUUCAGAUGACGCUGAAGCUAUUGGUAUUGCCGAGUGUGAUGCUCUACAAGUUGUGGACCUGUGGUACUUGCCCAUUCAUGCCCAGGAAUGGGAAACGUGUGGCCCAUACACAAGCAUUUUUUGCUGCUUCAGGCCUAGUUAA